AUGAUCAGCUCAAUCCUCGAAAGAGGAAAGCUUAAUUCUCAUGGGGAGCCAAUGACAUUGAAGCUGGAAGCUCAUCUGCUGCUAGUGAUCCUUCAGUCCUUCAUCAUUCUAGUAAAACCAUCCACGUCAGGAAAAACAGGCGCUUCCAGAAGGUCCAUUUAUACCAAGUUUCUUCUUCCAUAUGGCACUCGCUACAUCAACAAUGAACGUCUGGUGGGUAUUAAAUCAAUUCAGCACAUGUUCAUGCAAGAACCUGAACAUGGACUUCAUCAUAUAGAACUUGAAAGAGGAUAUCGUGUGUUGAUUUCUCUUGAGCUUAGCAAAACAUUGGAAGAACUUAAAAUUGAUGAAUUUGGGUGGGUAAAGCCUAAGAUUUUGAAAGAAGCUGAUAAAUUAUACAAUGUUUCAUUUGAUUACUCCUCCGAAGAAGAUUAUUUUUGA